AUGGAAUCAGCCCAAAGAUCACUAUCAAUAAUUAACAACCAAUUCGCUUCAAACUAAACAAUGAAUGCUGGAAAAGUUCUUGACAAGAGUGACGAUGAUGUCGUUAUUGUAGGAAUGGCUAGAACUGCCAUCACUAAAGGAAAGAGAGGUGCCCAAAAAGACACCGCUCCAGAACUCAUGCUUACACCAGUCUUGUAAGCCGUCAUCAAAUAAGCUAAUAUCGAUCCAAAGCUAGUUGAAGAUGUUGCCAUUGGGAAUGUUCUUCAACCAGGUGCUGGUGCAACAACUUCAAGAAUUGCUAUGUUCCUUGCUGGUCUACCAGCUUCAAGCUCCCUUCAAGCAAUUAACAGAUAAUGCUCAUCAGGUCUUUAAGCCGUCAUGUCAAUUGCAAACGCAAUUAGAGCAAGACAAAUUGAUUUCGGUAUUGGAGGUGGUGUUGAAUCAAUGUCACUUUACUCAAUGGAAGCAGGAGUUGAUCCAAACACACUUUCAAGCAAAGCUUUCGAACAUCCAGUUGCCCAAAACUGCUUAAUGCCGAUGGGUAUCACCUCAGAGAAUGUAGCUGAGCAAUACAAAAUUUCCAGAGAAAAGCAAGACCAAAUGGCCUUUGAGAGUCAUCAAAAGGCUGCUAGAGCAAACAAGGAGGGAUGGGCUCAAAAAGAGAUUACCUCAUAUAAAACAAUGGUUAAAGAUAAGGAUGGAAACGAAAAAGAAGUUUUAGUAGAUAGAGAUGAUGGAGUAAGAGCUGAGACUACCCUUGAAGGUCUCAAAAAGCUCAAGCCAGCUUUCAAAAAGGAUGGAACCACUACUGCUGGUAACUCAUCUCAAGUAUCAGAUGGAGCCUCUGCUGUCCUUUUGACUAGAAGAGAUGUCGCUAAAAAGCUUGGAUUAAAGGUUUAUGGAAGAAUUGUUAGUUAUGCAGUAGCAGGAGUUCCACCCGAAAUUAUGGGAGUUGGUCCUGCUUACGCUAUCCCAGCUGCCCUCAAGAAAGCUGGACUCGAAGUAAAGGAUAUUGAUGUCUUCGAAAUCAAUGAAGCUUUCGCAAGUUAAGCUACCAUGAGUAUUGAAGCUUUAGGUGUUCCUAAGGAAAAAUUAAACCCAAGAGGUGGUGCUAUUGCUAUUGGACAUCCUCUAGGUAAUACUGGUUCAAGAUAAGUAGUUACUCUAUUCCACGAGCUCGAAAGAACUGCCAAGAGAUUCGGAGUUAUCUCAAUGUGUAUUGGUACUGGAAUGGGUGCAGCUGGAGUCUUUGAAAGAGAAUGA